AUGCAGUCUUAUCUGCAAUACCGACGGCUAGGAAAUGCCGUCCACAGACAGCUCAACGAUGCCCCCGAACGCGGCGCCGCUCCCUCCGUGAACGAAACUCCCCAUGAAACAGCAGUAUCAACUCCAUCGGAUCAGACAGACGACGAUGUUACUGAGACUGAAUCGCCUGAGCUUGCUCAGAAGCCGACGCAGUAUUCCGAGAAAACAGCUUAUGGCAGGUCCCUUGCUGGUGUCGAUAUAAAGAAACAGCUCGACGCGAAGUCUCAUAUAUUCGUUGUUGGAUGGGAAGAUGAGAAUGAUCCGCUCAAUCCUCGGAAUCAUAGUACCACGAGUCGAAUGGUUGCCACUUUGCUUGUCACAGCACUGGCUUUUAUCGUUGGAGCUGCGUCGGCGAUCGAGUCUGGAGUUUUGCCUCAAAUCACGGAGACGUAUCAUGUCAGUGAAGUCGUGGGAUCGUUGGUUACUGGUAUCUACCUGCUUGGCUUCGCCGCUGGUUCUCUCGUCAGCGGACCCCUGUCUGAGAUCCUUGGCCGCAAUGCUGUCUACGCCGGUUCUCUUACUCUGUUCAUGAUCUUCAUCAUGGGCUCUGCACUAGCUCCAAACAUCGGUGCCCAGCUCGCCUUCCGUUUCCUAGCUGGCAUCUUUGGCUGUCCGCCUUUGACCUGCGCAGGUGGUACCAUUGCCGAUCUAUGGAAUCCCCUUGAGAAGACAAUCACCUUCCCAAUGUACGCCAUCCUUUCAUUUGGUGGCCCCGUCUUGGCUCCAGUGAUUGCCUCGUUCAUCGGCCAAACUGGUGUUCUCUCCUGGCAAUGGACGGCCUGGAUCAUCCUCAUAGCAUCCGGCGCAAUUAUGGCUCUCAUCCUUCUGUUCCAACCUGAGACAUACUCUCCGUUACUCCUAAAAUGGAAGGGAAAGCAUCUACGCAAAGCAACAGGAGACAACCGCUUCCGCUCCGCAAUGGACAUGGAGAAAACCCCACUAUUUACUCGGAUCGGCGGCGCACUGAAACGCCAGUUCCUCAUUACAUUCCAGGAACCCAUCAUCCUCUUGAUCUCCCUAUACAUGACUGUCCUGUACAUUGUCCUGUUCACUUUCUUCGAUGGAUAUACCUACAUCUUCACCGAUGUGUAUGGCAUAUCACAAGGCCUAACCAAUAUCACCUGGGUGGCAAUGUACAUCGGGAUAAUGCUUGCAGGUCUCCUCGUCUUCCCAAUUUACCACUGGACAAAGCGCGACUUCGUCGCAGCCGCCAAGGCAAAAAAUGGUACUGAUCUGGCGUCUCAUCCGCACGCUUUGGAUAAUGUCCACACACAACCUGAGAUCAGGCUUUGGUUUGCUAUGUUUGGUGCGCCGUUGAUUCCUGUUAGUCUGUUUUGGAUGGGCUGGACCGAUUUCCCCUCCGUCUCAAUCUGGUCACCUAUCAUAGCGUCGUCUUUCUUUGGUUUCGGUGCUAUCUGCAUCUUCAUCAGUUCGUAUAUGUACGUCAUCGACUCGUACGAUAUCUACGCGGCUUCCGCUUUGGGUUUCAUGACUGUCUCGCGCUACUUCGCUGCUGGCGGUAUGACUGUUGUUGGGAUUGCAUUCUACAAGAAUAUGGGUGUUCACUGGACUCUUACGAUUCUUGGAUGUAUUAGUGCUAUCAUGGUUCCCGUGCCGUAUGUGUUUUAUCGGUAUGGGCCUGUUAUUCGGAAGUGGAGUCGGUAUGCUGUUGCGGAGGAUGUGACGGCGUGA